AUGUCUACAGAUAUAACAUUAGAAGAGUUAUGCGAUAUUGUUAACAUAUCAUACAAUCCAAAUGAUUUUGGUGAUACGGAUCCUUACUUUACUUCUGAUGAUGAAUUGGAAGUCCGACCCGUCAUUGAAUUUGAAAAGAAAGAUGAGAUUGCUGAUCCUCAAGUCGAAAGAGCGAUAGAAAUUGAAAGAGCUAUAGAAAUUGAAAACGUUAUAGAAGUUGAUAAAGUUAUAGAAGUUGAUAAAGUUAUAGAAGUUGAUAAAGUUGAUAAAGUUAUAGAAGUUGAUAAAGUUAUAGAAGUUGAUAAAGUUAUAGAAGUUGAUAAAGUUGAUAAAGUUGAUAAAGUUAUAGAAGUUGAUAAAGUUAUCGAAGUUGAUAAAGUUAUAGAAGUUGAUGAAGUUAUAGAAGUUGAUAAAGUUAUAGAAGUUGAUGAAGUUGAUAAAGUUGAUAAAGUUAUAGAAGUUGAUAAAGUUGAUAAAGUUAUAGAAGUUGAUAAAGUUGAUAAAGUUAUAGAAGUUGAUAAAGUUGAUAAAGUUAUAGAAGUUGAUAAAGUUAUAGAAGUUGAUAAAGUUGAUAAAGUUAUAGAAGUUGAUAAAGUUGAUAAAGUUAUAGAAGUUGAUAAAGUUAUAAAGUUGAUAAAUCUUGGGGAAUGGUCUGUACAUUCUUGGGUUCACAAAGAUUUGGGUACUGAUAACAUUGUUGAGGCUGCAAUAAUACCAGCAAAGAAACGCAUGACACCAUUAAGGGAAAGGCAGCAAAACAUACGAAAAUCUGUACAAGCCUUUCUUGAAAAACUACCCCAGGUACCCUCCCACUACUGUAGAGCAUCAUCAUCCAAACUUUACCUUGAACCACAGUUUAUAUCUUUGUCGCAAUUGUAUGAUCUUUAUAAAGAAGAUUGCACAGAGCAAGGUUUGAAUGCAGCAUCUCGUCAAAUACUUUCAGAUGAAUUCCAUAAGAAAAACUUGAGUUUGUAUCGGCCGCGUAAGGAUCAGUGUGAUACAUGUUUCUCCUAUAACAAUGGCAACCUUACUGAAGAAGAGUAUACUCUACAUAGAAAAGCCAAAGAUGUGGCAAGGGAUGCCAAACAGGCCGAUAAGGAUAUUUGUAAACAAGAAACCAACAAAACUUUGGUCAUCACCAUGGAUAUGCAAGCGCUUCUACUAUGUCCUAGAUUGGAAGCAUCCGCUUUAUAUUAUAAAAGCAAACUCGGAGUUCACAAUUUUACUAUGUACAAUAUGGGUAAUAGUAAACUUUUCUAG